UCGAUCCUGCUGCAGUCCAAGUGGAGGUACUUCUGCUUGUCUCUUUUCUGCUUGAAGACUCGCCUCUGCACUAUACGUAAAUAACUUCAACUAAGCACAGCAGUAACUACAAGGGCGCCGCCAUGUUGGCGCCAAGCCUAAACCACUGCAGGAAGGGGAGCAGAGCGCCGUGUUGAUUAUUGGCAAUCUCUGGCUGAGAAGCCACUGCUGAGCAUGCGCACACCCAGACUGAGUCGUGCAGCCUCCUGCAGGGACAGAGAGGCGUUGAGAAAGAGGAAGUGGAUCCAGUUUUAGUUCUACUGACUGUUGGCACCACCAGAGGCAAAUGCCACUGUCCUGAGAGAGCGUGGGUGAGAGGCAGAUCUCUCUGCCUCUUUCCCAGAAGAGCCAGAAAUGACCAUGUCCCCGGGAUCAGUGUCAUUCAAGGAUGUAACUGUAGACUUCACCAGGGAAGAAUGGCAACAAUUGGAUCUUGCUCAGAAAAGCUUGUACAGGGAUGUGAUGCUGGAAAACUACUUCAACUUGGUCUCAGUGGGGUAUCAGAUUUCCAAGCCAGAAGUUAUCUUCAACUUGGAGCAAGGAGAAGAGCCAUAUAUGUUAGAUGAUGGUGAAAUCUCAAGGAGGAGCUGUCAAGAUGGGGAUAUUGGAUUUGAAACUUCACAACAGGGAAUUUCUGAACAAGUUUUAUUCCAGUAUGAGGGAGUUAAUCUAUUCACAAGAGAUGACUCAUUGUAUUCCAUUAUAGAAGAACUGUGGCAAGAUGAUGAACGGACAGAGAGAUAUGAGGAAAACCAAAACAAAUUUUCAAGUCAUGUUGCCUUAAUCAACAAGAAAAUAUUAGCUAAUGAGAUGGGCUAUGAAUAUAAGGACAUAGAAAAAAUAGUUCAUGUAAACACAGACCUUGUUCCUUCAAGAAAAAGGCUCUAUAACUAUUACUCAUUUGGAAAGAGUUUGAAUCCUAUUGCAAACUCACAUAAUCAUAAUGGAAACAGUGCAAAAGAAAAUCUUGAUAAGAUUAUCGGAUAUGGUAAUAAUUUCACUCAGGUAAAUUCUCAUACAGAAAUGAAUGCUUAUGAAUGUAAUCAAUGCAACGAACUUCUGAGUCAUAAGCAAGCUCUCAUUCAACAUCAGAAAAUUCAUACUGAAGAGAACCUCUAUUUAUUUUCAGACUACAUAAAUGUUUUCACUCAGAAGUCACAUGUUUUUGCACAUCAAAGUAUUUAUACUGAAGAAAAACAACAUGAAUGCAGCAAAUGUGAGAUAACUUUCACUCAGAAGCCCCAACUUGGUGUAGCUCAGACGGUUUAUACAGAAGAGAAACCCUACAGAUACACUGAAUAUGGGAAGGAAUUUUCCCUCAAGUCAAACCAUCAGAAAGCUCAUGCUGAGGAGAAUCACUAUAAAUGCAAUCAAUAUGGGAAAGCCUUUAUCGAGAAGUCAGAUCUGUUCAGAUUUCAGAGUUUUAAUACUGGAGAAAAACCCUAUAAACAUAGUGAAUGUGGAAAAAACUCUCAGAAUUCAGGCCUCAAUAUACAUAAAAAAAUUUAUACAGGAGAGAAACACUUUGAAUGUACUGAAUGUGGAAAAGCUUUCACAAGGAAAUCAACACUAAGUAUGCAUCAGAAAAUUCAUACAGGAGAAAAACCCUAUGUUUGUACUGAAUGUGGGAAGGCAUUUAUCCGGAAGUCACAUUUUAUUACGCAUGAGAGAAUUCAUACUGGAGAGAAACCUUAUGAAUGCAGUGACUGUGGAAAAUCCUUUACUAAGAAAUCACAACUCCAUGUGCAUCAGCGAAUUCACACAGGAGAAAAUCCCUUUACGUGUUCAGAAUGUGGGAAGAUCUUCACCCACAAAACAAAUCUCAUUAUACACCAGAAAAUUCAUACUGGGGAGAGACCGUAUAUAUGUACUGAAUGUGGGAAGGCCUUUACUGACAGGUCAAAUCUCAUUAAACACCAAAAAAUUCAUACUGGAGAGAAACCCUAUAAAUGCAACGACUGUGGAAAAUCAUUCACCUGGAAGUCACGGCUCAGGAUACAUCAGAAAUGUCAUACUGGAGAGAGACACUAUGAGUGCAGUGAAUGUGGGAAAGCAUUCAUCCAGAAAUCAACACUAAGUAUGCAUCAGAAAAUUCAUAGAGGAGAAAAACCCUAUGUUUGUACUGAAUGUGGGAAGGCCUUCUUCCACAAGUCACAUUUUAUUACACAUGAGAGAAUUCAUACUGGAGAGAAACCUUAUGAAUGCAGUGAUUGUGGGAAAUCCUUUACUAAGAAAUCACAACUCCAUGUGCAUCAACAAAUUCACACUGGAGAGAAACCCUAUAUAUGUACUCAAUGUGGAAAGGCUUUCACUGACAGAUCAAAUCUCUUUACACACCAGAAAAUUCACACUGGAGAGAAACCCUAUAAAUGCAGUGACUGUGGAAAAGCCUUCACUCGGAAGUCAGGCCUCCAUAUACAUCAACAAUCUCAUACUGGAGAAAGACAUUAUGAGUGCAGUGAAUGUGGGAAAGCCUUUGCGAGAAAAUCAACACUAAUUAUGCAUCAGAGAAUUCAUACAGGAGAGAAACCCUAUAUUUGUACUGAAUGUGAGAAGUCCUUCAUCCAGAAGUCACACUUAAAUAGACAUAGGAGAAUUCAUACUGGAGAGAAACCCUAUGAAUGCAGUGACUGUGGGAAGUCCUUCAUUAAGAAAUCACAGCUCCAUGAGCAUCAUCGAAUUCACACAGGAGAGAAACCGUAUAUAUGUGCUGAAUGUGGAAAGGCCUUCACCAUCAGAUCAAAUCUUAUUAAACACCAGAAAAUUCAUGCUAAACAGAAACCCUAUAAAUGCAGUGAAUUUGAGAAAGCCUUAAACUGGAAGCCAAAACUCAGUAUACCUCAGAAAUCUGAUUCUGGGGAAGUAGAGUGCCCAAUGCCACAAUCAUGGUGUGGAGAUACAAAGAUGUGAGAGACUGCAAUUUGACUGAGAAGCAGAAGGUAAUCAAGGUCAGUUCUCCUCUAGUUAGAAGUGUGGAAACGGAUCACAUAGCUGAUGUUCAGUUGCACAUAUGGGGAGACACUUUGGAGAAAGUGUUUAAGUAUUGUAUAAUGGCCAUACUUGGUUAUUCGAAAGAUACUGGGAUUGUCAAGCCCCUGUGGAUAACAGAAGUAAAUAUGCAGGUAGAUGACUUGCAAUCUUUCUUGUUCCACUUUUUGAAUAAGUAGCUUUAUAAAUUCAGAGCUUUUGAGUCUUCCUUGCUCUCGGUAGCAAAACUAUUCAAUAUUGACCAGAAAAUUUCAUAAUGAGUACAGUGGUGAGAAAAUUUUUCAUUGUCUAAAUACCCUAAGAACACAAAGUAUAGGCAAUUCAGGUCUCUGAAGAAAGAAACCAGAAAUGUUUGUGAAAAUUUUAAAUUGACGCUAAGGACAGAACUCUACUAAAGAAUUGCUUUUAUCCUCCCCCUCUUUGGAAAGUCACCAUCAUUUUUUAUUUAUAGUAUGUAUUCAUGUGUGGAAACUCAGAAAACAAAAUUCUGAACUUAAAAUUUCACUUUGAGAUUGGCAAAUUAGAACCACAGGCUUGAAUAUUAUCCUCUUUAGGUAACCAAUAUGUUCCCUCAUUUAUUAAUUCCCAGCUGUGGCAGUAGGUUCCUCACAUCCAACAGGUAUACAAGAGCUCCCAGCCUCUGGCCAAAAGUUCAUCAAUUAUGUAAAAGCCCCCACAGACUACUUAUCAUCAAAGAACUGGCCCUAAGAUCAUGGAACUGAGCCACAGGAACCUCAGGUCUAGAUAACAGUACUUUGGAUCCUCAAGCUGGUCCACAGAAACCUGCAGUUUCUUAUGAUUUCUGUUUGAAGAAGAGACUAAUUAAGAAAAUGGAUUUCAAAACCUAUAAUUAUUUUCCUCUCAAUCGUGUUAAUCUAUGUUCUACAUAUACAUUAUAUACUAAAUUACUAUGAAACACAAAUGUAUUAUGUUUCCUAAUGGUUUGUUUUAUUAGAAGAUAAAAUAUAGUUGAACUUUUGGAAGAGUACUCCUCCUUUCCCCUC